AUGGUCAGAAGGCGUAGUAAAGUACUGUUCACUGUGACCAUCAGAACCUCCGUUAACAAAAACACCCUUAGGCAUUUUACUUGGGCGUGGCAUGCUGUGAUCAUGGGCACGGGCGUGGUCUCGGCCCUCCUCCACAACUUUCCUUACCACAACGACAGCCUGGCGCUCAAGAUAGCAGCACUCGCCAUCUUUCUGCUCAACCUCGUGUUGUUCGUGUUCGUUUGCACCUGCACAAUACUCCGAUAUAGCAUGUUCCCCGAGAUCUGGUCCUUGAUGAUCCACCAUCCUGCCCAAAGUCUGUUCAUAGGAUGCUUCCCGAUGGGGGCCGCGACUUUGAUCAAUUCUGCGCUGAACGUUAACCAGGACUGGGGUUUCGGCGGAAAUGCCUUCCUCUGGACGCUCUGGGGAUUCUGGUGGUUGGACUCCGCUGUCUCCUACCUGAUCGCCUUUGGCAUGCUCUACAUCAUGAUGACUCGCCAGGACCACUCCAUCCCGAAGAUGACCGCAACAUGGCUUCUGCCCGUGGUCCCCCUCAUCGUCGCGUCCUCCUCUGGCGGCCUCAUGGCCCACGCGCUCAUGCCGCACUCCACAACCCUCGCCCUCGUCACCUCCGCCUUCUCGUUCACUAUGGUCAUCAUCGGUCUUAGCUUUGCGCUCAUGAUGAUCACCGUCUAUCUCCUCCGCCUCGUCACUGUCGGCACCCCCGACCCCUCCCUCAUCCUCUCCGCAUUCAUCACGCUCGGACCAUUGGGCCAAGGCGGAUUCUCGCUCCUCGUCAACGGGCAGGACCUCUUCGAGAUCCUUCCGCUGCACAUGGGAGAUGAGUUCCCCACGAUCGCGCUUGCGGGCCAGAUGGUUUUCGCGGGAUGCUUCCUCGGGGCAUACGUGCUCUUCUCGAUGGGUGUCGCAUGGAUCCUCGUCGCGGUCAUUACGAUCCUCCACGUGCGCGCGGAGACGAAAUUGCCGUUCUCGAUGGCGUACUGGGGCCUGAUUUUCCCGAACGGCGUGUUUGCGCUUCUGUGUGUGGAGCUUGCCAAAGUACUGGAUAGUCCGGUGUUCAGAGCGAUCGGUGCUGCGUGGUGUGGCGUCGUGUUCCUCCUCUGGAUCACGGUCUUCCUACGGAGCAUACCCGCGUUCAUAGAUGGCUCAAUGUUCAAGGCACCCUAUGUGCCGGACCAAGGCACGACGGGAACCAAGGUGACAUUUGACCCGGAGAAAGGCCUGGGUAGCAACCCCACAUCCUCGUCCACCGUCGUACUAUAA